AUGUGGGCUUAUCGAGCUCCUGACGAGAGUUGGAGACGUAUUUAUGAACAAUUUAAGGGAUUUUGCUUGGUGCUCCAUCAAAAGACGCAUCCGAAACAUACGUCAACCUUUUAUAAUCGCAUACAGCUCAUUGUCCUGUGGAACUUUCCAAACGAGAAGCAGCGCCGCCUGUCGACACGUCGGAUCUGGCAUGCCUUUAUUUUGAUUCAGAUCAAUGUCUUUUUUCUCACACUUUUGUUUGCGCUGCCGGAAUCGGUGGACCAUAUAGUCGAUUUGGGUCAGGAUAUUCUAUGGAUGAUUGGGACCUUCUAUAUGUUAUUCAAGUGGCACUUCUUCUUCUUUUAUAUGGAUGACAUUGAUGAGGCUAUCAAUGAUCUGGAUGCCUGUCACUGCGAGCCAAAGAGUGGACCGGCGGUGGCAAUCAUACGCUCCGAACAGCUCUGCCAGGCCAGAAGCUGCCAUACCAUGCAGUUUGUCAUUUUCAAUGGCACGAUCCCAUCCCAACAUCCCAUCGCGCACGUUUGCAUUUACAUUUGGCAAUGCUUCUUUCUAUUCUGCAAUAUGGCAUGCAUUCUAUAUACCGAUCUAUUCUCAUCGCACUGCUUCGCACAACUGGCGGUCAAUCUGAAGAUCCUGUGCAUUGAGCUGAACACCUUUGCCAAGGUGUACCACGAGGACGAGCAGCAGUAUCGCACUGAACUAGGUCGAUUGGGUUACAUUGUGGAUCGCACCAACGAAGUCUUCUAUGCGCCGCAGAUAAUGCAGAUGUUAACCGCGUUCUUGAUGAUCUCCCUGUCUACAUUUGAAGCACUUGUGUCCCGACAUGAACCCACUGUGGCAGCUAGAUUUGUCAUAUUUAUGGUGCUAUCGUUUUGUCAUCAGACCUAUUGGUGCCUGUUUGGGGACAUGGUCACCGAACAAUCGGAGCAAGUGGCUUUUUCCGCCUAUAUGGCUAUACUCAAGCAGUGUUAUAGUAGUGUCAGUAACUGCUGCUAG